AAAUUAAAAGAAAUCAUGAUCAAGAAUAUUUCAAUUUUUCCUAUGAUGAACUACUACGUUUUUCUUGUAGUUUUAUUCGUGAUCGGCACAGUAAAGGCGCAACCUUUAGUUCCUGCGCUUUUCAUAUUCGGGGACUCGGUUGUUGAUGCAGGCAAUAACAACAAUCUCGAAACAAUCGUCAAAGCCAAUUUCCCGCCUUACGGAAGAGAUUUUAUCGAACACAAAUCAACCGGCAGAUUCUGUAAUGGCAAACUUGCCUUGGACUACACCGCUGAAAACCUCGGAUUUACGUCAUAUCCACUGGCCUACCUCAACAAACAAGCUAAAGGCAAAAACCUCUUGAUCGGAGCUAAUUUCGCCUCGGGUUCUUCGGGUUAUUACGACAGCACAGCAGAAAUUUACAACACUAUUUCAUUAAGCAAACAGGUGGAGUUGUACAAAGAUUACCAGAAAAAACUCGCGACACUUGUCGGAAAAACCAACGCUUCGUCAAUAAUAAACAGUUCGAUCCAUUUCGUUAGUGCCGGCAGCAGCGACUUUAUCCAGAACUACUACAUCAAUCCUCUGUUGUACAACACGUACGCAAUUGAUCAAUUCUCCGACAUUCUCUUGCAAUCGUACACCAAAUUUGUGCAGGAGCUGUACAAUUUAGGAGCGAGAAAAAUUGGAGUGACGACAUUGCCACCACUAGGAUGCGUACCGGCAGUUAUUACCAUAUUCGGCGAAGACAACAAUAACUGCGUCGAAAAAAUUAACCGAGCAGCAAUUUUAUUUAAUAAUAAAUUGAAUUCAACAUCUCAGAAAUUACAGAGCAAUCUCUCGAAUCUCAACCUUGUUGUAUUGGAUAUUUACCAGCCUCUUCAUAACCUUGUCAUUAAUCCAACUGAUUAUGGGUUUUUGGAAGCGAGAAAGGCGUGCUGCGGGACAGGAUUGAUUGAGACAUCUAUACUGUGUAAUAAGAAGUCACCGGGAACAUGUAAAAACGCGACGGAGUAUGUUUUCUGGGAUGGCUUUCAUCCGUCGGAGGCGGCAAACAAGGUUUUGUCCGAUGAUUUAUUGGCUGCCGGAAUUUCCCUCGUCUCGUAAUUGAUAAUUCCACAUAAUAAUAAUAUUGUUCUACUUCAACUUUGAUUUGAUCUUGG